ACACAAAGCCAAAAAUACAAGUCGGCGCAACUGGUUAAAAUGCCAACUAGUAGAACCACUAACGUUUUCAUUACUUUAGUUUAUUACAAGCACUAUGCCCUUUCUUUAUAAUAUUAUUACAUACUAAUCUAUUUUACUACAUUAUACAUAUGUACCCACAAUAAUUUCGUGUCUUUUGAACUCCAGUUCAUUCAUCUGUAUAUACUUACAAAUACUUACAUAUUUUAAUAUUCCAAGCCAGUUCACUGUUUCUUGACCCUGUCUUGCUAAGCAAACAAGUCUCUCAGAUUGGUUUAGAUGGGUUGUGGCUGCUCUAGCUUAGUCUCCUGUUGUUGGAAGCCGGAAACUAAUGGACCGACAUCAAAGGCCCAUAAUGAUGAAAAUGAGGAAAAGGAUGAAGCUAGUGACUUGCCUGCGUUUCGGGAGUACACAUUGGAGCAACUAAGGAAUGCAACAUCUGGUUUUGCGGUGGAGAAUAUAAUAUCUGAACACGGGGAAAAGGCCCCAAAUGUUGUCUAUAAAGGAAAGUUAGAGACCCAGCUGCGGAUUGCAGUCAAACGCUUUAAUAGAUCUGCUUGGCCAGAUCGUCAGCAAUUUCUUGAGGAAGCAAGAGCUGUUGGUCAACUCAGAAACUGUAGGUUGGCGAAUCUACUUGGUUGUUGUUUUGAAGGUGAUGAAAGAUUACUUGUUGCAGAAUACAUGCCCAAUGACACACUUGCCAAACACUUAUUUCACUGGGAAUCACAACCUAUGAAGUGGGCUAUGCGUUUAAGGGUGGCUUUAUAUCUUGCACAAGCUCUCGAGUAUUGUACAAUGAAAGGACGUGCCCUUUAUCACGAUCUUAAUGCUUACAGGAUAGUCUUUGAUGAUGAUGCUAAUCCAAGACUCUCUUGCUUUGGGUUGAUGAAGAAUAGUAGAGAUGGAAAAAGUUACAGUACUAAUCUAGCAUUUACCCCACCCGAAUAUCUGAGGACUGGAAGAGUAACUGCUGAAAGUGUAAUUUAUAGCUUUGGGACCCUUUUGCUUGACCUCCUCAGUGGAAAGCACAUUCCUCCAAGCCAUGCCCUCGACUUGAUAAGGGACAGGAAUCUUCAGAUGCUGACAGAUUCUUGUUUGGAAGGUCAAUUUUCAAACGAUGAUGGGACUGAAUUGGUGCGCUUAGCUUCAAGAUGUCUACAAUACGAGCCUCGUGAGCGUCCAAAUGCUAAGUCUUUGGUUACCGCUUUGAUUCCUCUUCAGAAAGAAGCACAGGUUUCGUCAAAUGAGCUAAUGGGUGUACCAGACAGCAGUGCUGCUUUUCCUUUAUCUCCACUUGGCGAGGCUUGUUUGAGAAAGGAUUUGACAGCUAUACACGAAAUCUUAGAAAAACUCGGGUACAAAGAUGACGAGGGAGCUGCAACAGAGCUGUCAUUUCAGAUGUGGACAAAUCAGGUACACGAAACUAUAAACUCAAAGAAGAAAGGGGAUGCUGCUUUCAGGCGUAAAGAAUUUCAAGCUGCGGUUGACUGCUUCACACAGUUCAUUGACGUGGGAACCAUGAUCUCCCCUACUGUUUUUGCCCGUCGAAGCCUGUCAUAUCUUAUGACCGAUAUGCCACAAGAAGCUCUCAAUGAUGCGGUGCAAGCACAAGUAAUAUCACCUGUCUGGCAUAUUGCAUCAUACCUACAAGCUGUUGCUCUUUUUUCUCUAGGAAGGGAAAACGAGGGCCAAAUUGCACUCAGAGAGGGUUCAAUCCUUGAAGAGAAAAAGAACACAGAAUCCUAAACAAAACGAACGAUCUGUUGUUUUUUGUUCUCUCUAUCCCGGAUUAUGAGUUGGUUUUAUUUCUUGAAGCAUUCUCUUGUGACUAUCGGAUGGGUUGGUUUCGGUCAGUUGUUUGGUUCCUUAGACACUUGCAGUGGUAUUUGUGAGACCAAGAUAUACAUACAAUCUUGAAAAAUAAUUCAGGUAGAUAUUGCUUGUUCAUCUGGAUUAUAGAUCAUGCAAAUAGAAAGUUAAGGUGAAGUAAAAUUUACCGUGGUGUAUAUGUACCUAUAGAGAACAAAUGUUAUCUAUGUAUCUUGUUUAUGUUAAUCUCAAAUGGGAUGUUCCUUUGUUUGUA